UGUCAGCAGCAGCAUCAAUGGAAAAUUCAUUAGAGAGAGACAUGUCAUUUCAGCUGGAGACGUUGGACCCACUAGAGUGGCAGAAUGCAGGAACGCCUGAUGUGUUUUACAAAAUUCCAACAAGCUCAGCAGUGGAUGCUUCUCAAAUUGUAGACAGAAAUGACUUCAUGCUGGCUGAAAACAAUGACGAUAAUGACAGCAGUGAUCAUGACAGCAGUGGUCAUGACACGAAUGACGAAAAUAAUUUCACCACAGAUGAAGAUCUUAAUCUUGCCACAGUCCUCAAAUGUUUCCAGAAACAACACUUCUGCCAAGAUGAAGAGGACAGCCAAAGCAGCUCUUCCGACUCUGGCAAUGAACUCCAUGUUAUUGUCCAUAGGAGGAAAGUCCUAUACAGUGCUUUUAAAGCAAUGUCAUCACCAUCAUUCUGCUGGAAGAAAUCUCCAAAGGUGGAAUUUGUUGGGGAGGAAGGAGCAGAUUACGGGGGGCCACAGAGAGAGUUUUUCCGACUCUUGAUGCAGGAUGUGCAACAGUCCGGUGUGUUUGAGGGUCCAUCUAAGGAGCUACUGUUCACCUACCAUCAGGGCCAGGAAGAAAAGUACCUAAAGGUUGGAAAAUGCGUUGGCUGGUCGAUCGUCCAUGGGGGACCGGGAUUAAGAGCCCUCGACAAAACACUGUUCGCUUGCAUGUGUGGCCACAACCCAUCCUUUAGAGAUUUCCGUUGGCAAAAUCUUGAUGAAGAUGUACAGAGUAAAAUCAAGAAGAUUCUCAACUGCAAAGAUGAAAAUGAGUUUGCUGCAUUGCUCCAGCCCGAAGUUCUAGGCAACUGGUUAGCUGAGUGUGGCAUAUACAUGUCAAAGAGAGAGGAGAUCCCUAAUAUAAUUGCAUACAUAUGCAAACAUUAUGUGUUCAUGAGAGUUGCAAACAUCAUCAAACAAUUCACUGAUGGAUUGAACUCAUUGGGCAAUUUGUGGGAUGUGGUGAAAGCCAACUAUGCUGCCUUCCUGCCAGUCUUCACCGACAUGUCCUCCCCUCUCACUCGCCAAUCCCUCAAGUCACUCUUCAGUGUCAACUACAGUACAAGGGGCACCAACCGACGAGAGCAGGAAGAGGACACCAUCUUCAGCUGGGAGGUGUUUCUCAAGAUGGUAGAAGACAGUCAAGCAGAUGUUACUUUUGAGGACAUCUUCAUAUUCAUCACCUCAGCAGACAUGAUUCCUCCACUUGGAUUCCAGGAACAGCCAACCAUUGAGUUUUAUGACCAGGAACAAGGCAGGUCACGAAUGCCAUAUGCAUCCACUUGCGCACUGACCUUCUACCUUCCCAGAGGCCUUGAUAGCGAAUAUAGAAUGAAGGAAAUGGUCACUUCAGCCAUAAAAAACAGCUUAGGUUUUGGAAAACCUUAAGUUACUGACAAAUGACAUGUACCUAUGCUUUGAUAUUCAGUUAAUUUUCGUAUCCCAUCACUUUGAUAAUUGCACUUUUGUCUCCCCUGUUCAUAAAACUCUGUUCUAAAACUGGUACUUUAGGAAACAUUUUAUCUGGCCUUUCUGGUUUUGAUCUCAGUGUAGCCUGUAAUUUGGCUGCUGAUUUCAGACCCUUCACACGUUCAAUUGUUUUUCUUAA